CUGCUGCUGCUGCUCCCCUUCUUCCCCCCGGCGUCCAUGUAGAAGCAUUUAGGGGACACACCACCACCCCCCGGCCCACCUCCGGCCGAUUACUUUCCCAGCCCGAUGCGGAUUUGGUGCUCAGCGCCUGCAGACCUUCGGCUCCCUUUUCCCAGGCAGUGCAGACUACUGGAGAGCCCGAUUCACCGAAAAUAUGUAUGAACAAGGAGCUUGAAAGAUGCACAGUUGAACAAAGGCUUCAGCAUGGAGAAGAUGCAGAUCAAACAGUCAUGAGCCAUGACUCCUGUUCUCGUACAAAAACUGAAAACAUGACCGCUUGGCAGAAUGGCUUGGGAAAUGCCACCUCUGUUAUCUGUAUAGUAAUGGAUAAUAAAGAAUCAGGGAGCAGUACUACCUCUUUAUGUCAUCAUGGGGGGAUCAGCACAAAUAACAAAAACGGAAAUAACAAUCAGGACGAUAAAACCAGUCCUUCCAAAAUAAUGCAUUUUUUCCCCACUCCCCGCAAGAGGUCCAGCUCCAACGUAGAGCGGCCUCGUUCAGUUAUACUUAUGGGGAACUCGUCAACAUGGAAUGCUUUGUCUUCCCUUAGAAAAAUGGGAUCUUUCAAGAAGUUAAAAUCAUCAGUUCUCCAAGGAAUCCCAGCCAAAGAAGAUCCAGAUAGCUUAAAGGAUAGCCUGUCAGAGAACAAAACCAAGAAGUAUAUUCCAAAUAAUACAACUGUGAGAGUUCAGACAAACAGAUAUUCUUAUUCAGGGCCUUUAAAUGACAGUGCCACAGACAACACAGUGGUUUCUGAUAAUUCUGAUGGAGAGGAAGAUUCCUUCCUGAGGAACACACAUCGAUCACGCAGUAUCAGGCGUGCUUAUGCAACUGGCCGUAUAAAUUUAUUAGAUGGUGAUCAAACCCAGGACCCACAGAGCAAUACCAAAAUAGGAUCCCCUGCAUUGCAGGAAUCCCAGAUUUGUGAAAUUGUAGGGAAAGAUCCAGAAUGUCCCAAAGUGAUCUACAGGAGGAGCAAAAGCAGCGAUAACCUGAAUUUUCUCAAAAAGAGCUCGUUCAAAAGGAAGUCGACCUCAAACCUCACCGACCUCAAAGCUGUAAACGAAAAGCCUUUGCCACCAAGAACCACGAGUAUGUCGUCAACUGACUCAGACAAAACCAACAGGAACUCGGAGCGGAAAUCAAAACGUUGGAAGAGCCCAAUUAGAGCGAAGGAUUUUGACAGAGUUUUGAAACUUGUCAGCAACGUAACUGAUGGUGCUUUGAAGAAGGACUGUCCUAGGACUGAUAUUUCUUCCCCCGGUGAGCAGAACCAAAAGACAAGACCAAACAGCAGGCUCCAUGAGGACUAUUCCCGCAGGGUUUCCAGCAGCACUGAGAAUGAGAGGCGGAAGUGCCUGCCAUCCCGGCGUCACCCAGCUUCAGCUCCUUCCAGGUACACCAUCCACUGCUCUGAGGAUGACUCCACUGGAUCACCAUUUGCAUUAAGUGUUGAUGCUACAGGCCAUAGGAUGUCUUCCUGUGAACUUUCAGACUUGGUUUGUUCUCCACCUCCACUUCAAACCCCAGGAUCAAUUCCUGAUGAAGUUUUCCAUGAAGAUUUUGAUGGGUCAAAAAACCCCAGCUCAUUUACAUAUAGCACUGAGCCCCCCGACCAUCCUGCUAGACCAACCGUCCCCAAGCCUCAGAGUCUUAAUGCCGAAAGCAUCAAGUGCAACAUGGAUGUCCAUUGUCCAGACCGGUACAGUACCCUGUCGCUCAGCUCAGUGGAAAGUGAGGGAAGAGGGGAGGGGUCGUCUGCCAAGUUGGGGAAGAGUCCUGUUUGCUUCCAGGAUUCUGUGCAAGCCGUCUACUAUGACGAUACAAAUGAAGACAGUGGCAUCAGCAGCCAUUCUCAGCUGAGUCUCAACUUAGCUAUGAGUGCUGAUGAAAAGAAGGAAGAGGUUGUUACUGAUGAUCACUGGAAGAAGUUUCCAUUUCAAGAUGAAGAAAGAACAGAUGCUCAAAAAGUCCCAACCAGAAGAUGGGGUUCUGGAAAAAGAUCUCGGCCUCGACCACUCUCAGAUUAUGGCCAGUUGGCAAUUAGAAGUUCUUCCAUUCCAGAAGAUUCUAUCGCUAUGGAUUCCCAGGAAAUGGACUCUCUGGAGAAUGACAGUGAGACCAAGCCUCCCCCUGUAAAAUCUGGGACUUGUGCAGUAGCCAAUCCAAAAGCCUACAGAAGACGACCCAUCUCUGUCAUUGGUGCAAUCAGUUACUAUGAGAAUAAUCAAACGGAAGAAAUAACUGAUCUCCUUGCACAACCUGUGGCACGGCCCCCCGUACCAGCACACCAGGUUCCCCCCUACAAAGCUGUCUCAGCCAGAAUCCGCCCCUUCACCUUUUCUCAAAGUACCCCCAUUGGUCUGGAUAGAGUUGGGUGUAAGCGUCAAAUGAGAGCAUCCAAUGGUGCUGCAGAUGGUAGUGCUGAAUCUCCAGCUUUAGUCGAUGAUAAUGGCAGCGAAGAAGAUUACAGCUAUGAAGAACUCUGCCAUGCCAACCCCAGGUACUUGCAGCCUGGAGGCGAGCAGCUAGCUGUCAGUGAGCUGAUAAGUGAUGGAAAUCCGGUCUAUGCAGAGGCUCUCUGGGAUCACGUGACCAUGGAUGAUCAAGAAUUAGCCUUCAAAGCUGGAGAAGUCAUCCAAGUCCUUGAAGCUUCCAACAAAGAUUGGUGGUGGGGAAGGAAUGAAGAGAAGGAAGCAUGGUUUCCAGCCAGUUUUGUCAGACUACGAGUCAAUCAAGAAGAAUCUGUAGAAUACUGUAGUGGCCUCCAAGAUGAAGAACCAAAUGUAGAUCCUGAAAAGCAUCGCCAAAAAAUAGCAGAAAACAAAGAUCAGAUGAGAACCAAUGUAAUUCAGGAAAUAAUGAACACAGAGAGGAUUUAUAUCAAACAUCUCAAAGACAUCUGUGAGGGAUACAUUCGGCAAUGUCGCAAACACACAGGGAUGUUCACUCCAGCCCAGCUAAGCACCAUAUUUGGAAAUAUUGAAGAUAUUUAUAAAUUCCAAAGAAAAUUUUUGAAAGACCUAGAGAAGCUGUACAACAAAGAAGAGCCCCAUUUAAGUGAAAUAGGAUCCUGCUUUCUUCAGCAUCAAGAAGGAUUUGCGAUCUAUUCUGAGUAUUGUAACAAUCACCCUGGAGCCUGCCUUGAGCUCGCCAACCUGAUGAAACAGAGCAAAUAUCGCCAUUUUUUUGAAGCUUGCCGCCUCCUUCAGCAAAUGAUUGACAUUGCCAUUGAUGGUUUUCUCCUCACCCCUGUUCAGAAAAUCUGUAAAUAUCCCCUGCAGCUUGCUGAAUUAUUAAAGUACACCACUCAGGAUCAUAGUGACUAUAACAAUAUCAAGGCAGCAUAUGAAGCCAUGAAGAACGUUGCGUGCCUCAUCAAUGAACGCAAACGAAGGCUGGAAAGCAUAGACAAGAUUGCUCGCUGGCAAGUCUCCAUUGUCAACUGGGAGGGGCAAGACAUCUUAGGCAAAAGCUCUGAAUUAAUCCACUCGGGAGAAUUGACCAAAAUCUCCAAACAAGGGAAGAGUCAGCAAAGAACAUUCUUUCUUUUUGACCAUCAGCUUGUGUUCUGCAAGAAAGAUUUAUUGAGAAGAGACAUGUUGUAUUACAAAGGCCGGAUGGACAUGGACGAAAUGGAGGUGGUCGAUAUUGAGGAUGGCAAAGACAAAGACUUUAAUAUCUCUAUAAAAAAUGCUUUCAAAGUUGUAAAUAGCGCUACGGAAGAAGUUCACCUAUUUUGUGGGAAAAAGCCAGGUGAUAAAAAAAAGUGGCUGGAAGCUUGUGCAAAUGAGAGGAGACGAGUGCAAGAAGACAAAGAAAUGGAUCUAGUGAGAUACUUCAGCCCAACUACCGAUUGGUGCACACUCAACAACAAAUAG